AUGCGCCCAAAUUCUUUUGAUCAAGAAGAUUAUGAUGAAUGCGAGAUGGCUAUCAAGAUAUUUGAAGCAAUGGAAGUUCAAAAGAAUACUGGAUUUUAUUGGGCAUGCAUCCAAGCAUUUAAGGAUGAAAGAUUUUGGCGUAAGUAUUUCAUUGAUAGAGCCGAAUAUUCUGACGAUGAUAAGCUACAAUUUUUGCAAGCUUUAACAGGAUAUACACCAGACGGCGAAUAUGUUGGAAAACGGCUGGUCCCAAAUCAGACUUACGGGAGCCCAAAUUUUGGUGGUUUUACUUCUGGUAGUCCAUCUUCUGGACAAUGGAAUCAUGGUUAUCAACAAUGGGGCACAUCUCCAAAUGUUCAGCAUUGGGGCACUCCUCCAAACGCUCAGCAGUGGGGCCCUCCUCCUAACGCUCAACAAUGA